AUGUUGAAUCUCGCUCGCUUGUCCCGCUCGGCUGCCAUCACCAACGCCAAGAAGAUGGCUGUCCGCUCCUACAGCUCUGCCAUUAACGGACCCGUCAUCGGUAUCGAUCUUGGAACCACCAACUCUUGCGUCGGUAUCAUGGAGGGCAAGAUUCCCCGUGUCAUUGAGAACGCCGAGGGUGCCCGUACCACCCCCUCGAUCGUUGCCUUCACCAAGGAGGGCGAGUUGGUCGUCGGUCAGGCUGCCAAGCGUCAGGCCGUCGUCAACCCCGAGAACACCCUCUAUGCCACCAAGCGUCUGAUCGGUCGUCUCUUCACCGACAAGGCCGUCCAGCACGACAUCAAGACCGUCUCCUACAAGAUCGUCAAGCACCAGAACGGCGAUGCCUGGGUCGAGGCCCGCGAUAAGCAGUACUCCCCCUCCCAGAUCGGUGCCUUUGUUCUCGGAAAGAUGAAGGAGACCGCCGAGGGCUACCUCGGAAAGAAGGUCGGCCACGCCGUCGUCACCGUCCCCGCCUACUUCAACGAUGCCCAGCGUCAGGCCACCAAGGACGCCGGAAAGAUUGCCGGUUUGGACGUUCUCCGUGUCAUCAACGAGCCCACCGCCGCCGCUUUGGCCUACGGUCUCGACAAGGAUGGUGACCGUGUUGUUGCCGUUUACGAUUUGGGUGGUGGUACCUUCGAUAUCUCUAUCCUUGAGAUCCAGAACGGCGUCUUUGAGGUCAAGUCCACCAACGGAGACACCGCCCUCGGCGGUGAAGAUUUCGAUGCCAUGCUCGUCAAGCACGUCGUCGAGGAGUUCAAGAAGGAGCAGGGCUUGGAUCUCUCCAACGACCGUAUGGCCAUCCAGCGUAUCCGUGAAGGUGUCGAGAAGGCCAAGAUCGAGUUGUCGUCCACCCUCCAGACCGAUAUCAACCUCCCCUACAUCACCGCCGAUGCCACCGGCCCCAAGCACAUCAACAUCAAGAUGACCCGUACCAAGUUCGAGGCCCUCGCCAAGGAUUUGAUCAACCGCACCGUCGAGCCCUGCCAGAAGGCCAUCAAGGAUGCCGGCAUCCAGUUGAACGAGAUUAACGAGGUCGUCCUCGUCGGAGGCAUGUCCCGUGUCCCUAGAGUUAUCGAGACCGUCAAGCAGGUCUUUGGCCGUGAGCCCGGCAAGUCCGUCAACCCCGAUGAGGCUGUCGCCAUUGGUGCCGCUAUCCAGGGAGGUGUCUUGGCCGGUUCCGUUACCGAUAUUCUCUUGUUGGAUGUCACCCCUCUUUCCCUCGGAAUCGAGACCCUCGGAGGUGUCUUCACCCGUUUGAUCAACCGCAACACUACCAUCCCCACCAAGAAGUCCCAGGUCUUCUCGACCGCUGCCGAUGGUCAGACCCAGGUCCAAGUCCGUGUCUUCCAGGGAGAGCGUGAGUUGGUCCGCGACAACAAGUUGUUGGGCGACUUCAACCUCCACGGUCUUGCCCCCGCCCCCAAGGGUGUUCCCCAGAUCGAGGUCUCGUUCGACAUUGAUGCCGACGGUAUUGUCAACGUCGGAGCCAAGGACAAGGCCACCGGUCGCGACCAGUCCAUGUCGAUUGUUGCUUCCUCCGGUUUGUCGUCGGAUGAGAUUGAGAAGAUGAUCAAGGACUCUGAGCUCUUCGCUGACUCUGACCGCAAGCGCAAGGAGCAGAUCGAGGCCACCAACCAGGCCGAGUCCAUCAUCACUGAGACCGAGAAGCACAUGUCCGACUUCAAGGACCAGCUCGACUCUACCGAGGCUGAGAAGAUCAAGGAGCAGAUUACUAAGCUCCGUGAUGUUCUUGCCAAGGGCGAGUCUGUCGAGGCCGAGGAUAUCAAGAAGGAGUCGACCGACCUCCAGCAGGGAUCCCUCAAGCUCUUCGAGAUGGUCUACAAGAAGAACGCCGCCAAUGCCUCCUCCUCUUCCGAGGGCACCACCGUUGAGAACGAGGAGCCCAAGAAGAACUAA